CAGGUCCACAGACGCGUCAUCAGCAGAGCCGUGACGACAUCAGAAGAAGGUGGGCGGAGAACUCGUGUCUCCUGUAAGACUCGGAGGAUAUAUAAGACGACGGUUUCGAAGCAGACAAAGUAACUUCACAAAGAAAUAACUCAGCUAGGCUGCAAACAGCCCGCAAACCUCCCAAGAAACAAGAAAGACGACAGCACACCAGCCCUACUUCCAGCAGCAUGUCUGUGCCCAAGGUGAUGCUGUGCGGCGCGGUGAGCCUGCUGGCCAUGCUGUGCCUGGCGGCGGUCGGCAGCGCUCUGCAGGAACAGGACAUGGAGGACUUCAUGCAGAGGUCGCGCAGAGCUUAUUUCUCCAAGAAAGACGACAGCAACUCCGUCGACAUCUCAGACUGCCUGUCCGUGUGUGAGAUGGGGUACCGGAGCUGUACCGAGUCCUGUGCCCAGAACCCGGGAUGUCCACUCCUCGGCUGCCUCUUCAAGAAACACUACUGCAACAAGACCUGCUAUUCCAGGGUGAGCCGCAGGGGGGCGCCACAGGACGACGUGCUGAUGCAUUUCGACUGACAAGACGUCGCAGGAACUUCUUAAAGAUGACUACCCAGAUACUUCAAGGAACAUGUUACCAAAGCCUUGUAUGUGUAGGCGGGAAAAUGUUUUAAACCUUCUUUAAUUUGUUGUUCGUGUAAGGCAGGGUUGUCC